AUGGUAAGUUCUAAUUGUUCCACUGAGGACUCCUUUAAAUAUACUUUAUAUGGGUGUAUCUUUAGUAUGGUGUUUGUUCUUGGCCUCAUAGCAAACUGUGUUGCUAUCCACAUUUUCACUUGUACAUUAAAAGUGCAAAAUGAGACUACAACUUACAUGCUUAAUUUAGCAAUAUCAGAUCUGCUUUUUGUGUUUACGUUACCCUUCAGGAUUUAUUACUUUGUAGCAAGAAACUGGCCAUUUGGAGACAUUCUUUGCAAGAUUUCUGUCACCCUCUUUUAUACAAAUAUGUAUGGGAGCAUUUUAUUUCUGACUUGCAUAAGUGUAGAUCGCUUUUUAGCUAUAGUACACCCUUUUCGAUCUAAGACUCUCCGAACCAAAAGGAAUGCAAAAAUUGUCUGCGCUGCAGUAUGGAUAACCGUGUUAGCAGGCAGCACACCAGCAAGCUUUUUCCAGUCUACAAACCGCCGUAAUAACACUGAACAAAGAACGUGUUUUGAAAACUUUUCAGAGGACACAUGGAAAACCUACCUAUCCCGGAUUGUUAUCUUCAUUGAAAUAGUUGGGUUUUUUAUUCCACUCAUCUUGAACGUGACCUGCUCUACUAUGGUCUUACGGACUUUGAAUAAACCGCUUACGUUAAGUCGGAAUAAAUUAAGCAAGAAAAAAGUACUCAAAAUGAUUUUUGUCCAUUUGGUGAUAUUCUGCUUCUGCUUUGUGCCUUAUAAUGUUACCUUAAUACUUUAUUCCCUUAUGAGAACACAGACCUGGAUUAAUUGUUCAGUGGUAACUGCAGUCAGGACUAUGUACCCUGUCACUCUGUGCAUCGCCGUUUCAAACUGCUGUUUUGACCCUAUCGUCUAUUACUUUACAUCGGAUACAAUUCAAAAUUCGAUAAAAAAGAACCGGUCCACUAGACCACGGGACAUCAGAUUCUCCGAAAGGCCAGUUUCAGAAAACUUCAUUCAACACAGCCUUCAGACCAUAAAAAUGAAAAUAUUUGACAGUGACUCUACAAUAUAAACUGUAUUAAAAGACCACUGGGACUAAACUGGAAUUAGAAGCCUGCACAUUUCUUCAGCUGUGGAAAUAUAUUCUGAUAUGUAAAUGUUACACUUCCUUCACAUCAGAAAAGUUUACGAUAAGACUGUAAAAGUGUUUAGCAUAAUAGUACACAGAAAAAGUAUUUUAAGAAUUUAUGUCAAAUGUCUGU